AUGUGUGGUAGGGCAGCGUGCACACUAGCGCCGGAGGAGAUUCAGAAGCAGACCCAUGCCAAGGCGUUCGAGGGCGCGGAGGAGUACAAGCCCUCGUACAACAUCGCGCCGCACCAGAUGCACGUGGCCAUGCUUCUCGACGCCGACGGCCAACCCAUACUAAAGCUCAUGCGCUGGGGCCUGGUGCCGAGCUGGAGCAAGGACGGAACCGUCAAGAUGCACACAAUCAACGCUCGUGCCGAGUCACUUACCACCAACAACCUGUGGCGAGGUGUCGUCAAGCGCAAGCGCUGCAUCAUCCUCGUCAGCGGCUACUUCGAAUGGAUCACGGAGAAGGGCCAAAAGAUUCCGUUCUACAUCCACAGCGACGACCCGCAGCAGCUCCUCUAUCUCGCCGGCAUGUACGACGUGUGGACCGACCCCAAGACGGGCGAGAAGCGCUACACCUGCACCGUCGUCACCACCGAGAGCAGCCCACAGCUCGCCCACAUCCACGACCGCAUGCCGGUGAUCCUGGGGAGCGAGGAGGCGAGGGAGAUGUGGCUGCGGGCCGACGGCAACGACCCGUCGAGCGAGGUGCUGCGCCUGCUGAGGCCCUACAAGGGCGAGCACGUCGUGUUCGACAAGGUCUCCACCAUGGUCAACUCCAUCAAAAACAACUCGCCCGAGUGUCUGGUGCCGGUGGAUCGGCUGGCGAGCAAGAAGCACGGCAUCCUUACCUUCUUCAACCCCACCGUCAAGGCGGAGAAGGUCAAGGCGAAAAAGGCGGGCGAGCCUGGGCCUGAUGCCACCACGAAGGACGAGAAGAAGAAGGUCAAGACAGAGCCGAUGGACGAAGAGCAGAAGAACAUCAAGAUCGAGCCAAAGAACGAAGAGGAGGAAGAGGAGCAGGAAGAAGUGGAAGAGAAAGAAGAGAAGAAGCGCGGUGUGAAGCAGGAGCCCAAAGAAGAAGACGAAGACGAGGAACAGGAAGAGGUGGAAGACAUUGAUGACGACGAAGAAGAGGACACACAAGGCGGCAAGAGGAGAAAGCAGCAACCACCCGCCCGAAUCGCCAAACGCAAGAGGAGACGAACCGACGCCAAGUGA